UUUAGAGAAAACGCAUGAAAGCUUUCUGGAUAAUUACCUAGUCAUAUUGCCCCUUAGAUAAUGGAUGCUUAGGAGAUCUCUUUCAGAAAAUAUAGCCCAAUCACAUUGUUUAGAAACGAACUGCAGCUUGGAGGAUUGGCGGGUACUUCGAUAUGCCGAGACCAUCCCGCAUUAUUCCCAUAUACCUAGGUAUAUUCCCUUGUCAACUCGAACAUAUAACGACUUCAUCUAAUAUCUAACCUAACUGUAACUGAUACAACCUUGAUCUCAUGCGAUAUUUUAACAUCGUCCUUUUUCUCCAAUACGUACACAGCCUGGCUACAAGACAUUGAGAUAUAAAACAGCACAUACGGGGGCGACCCAAAACCUACCAACUCACAACAUGAUGUGCCACGAGACAAACCGCAUACCAGAGGCCCUCGAACUAAAGUCUUCCACAGAAAACGAGACCACAGAAACCUCAUCCAUCCCAUCACCACCAAAUCCCAACAAUCCCGCCACCAAAAGCUUACCCCAAGCCACCACCAUCCUCACAACGCCACCCGCCCCAACCCUCCUAACCCUCCCCCCAGAACUCCGCCUCCUAAUCCUCUCGCACCUACUAAUCCUCCCCCCAACCGCCCCGCCCCCCUCCCAAAACGGCUUCCCACACAACCCGCAACCGCCGUCCCUCUCCCUCCUACACCCCUCCAUCCUGCAAUGCAGCCGGCAGCUACACGCCGAAGGCCUCCCCUUACUCUACCAGCACAACACGUACCUAGCGCACAACACGCUCCUCCUCUCGCUCCCGCGUCUCCGACGCGCCUACGCCCCGGUCCUGUGCGCGCGGCUCUCGGAAAUGAUUACCCGGGUCCAUGUAUGCGUGCGGCUGGACGCAGAACCCGGGUAUGACCGCGCGAUGGCGACGGCGCAGUUGAGCGGGAAGGAGGAGGUGGUGUUGGAGGCGUGGCAGGCGAUGUGGCGCGGGUCCGGGCCCGAUGUGUUGAGGCUGUUUGAGGGGGUGCGCGGGGUUAGGCGGGCGCGUGUUGAGGGGAGUGUUGGUGGGUUUGAGGAUUAUGCUAGGUGGCUUGAGGGGGCGAUGGUGAGGGAGGUUGGGGCGGUGGUUGAGCCGUUUUCUUGGGGCGCUGAGGAGGGGGGGUUGACUUAAGAAAGUUAUUAUGUUGUGGUGGAUGCCUGGAUUAUCUGAUUUGUGAAGCGACUAGCACAUAUUAUGAGGAUGCUUACCUCGGAGUUUAGAAACUACUCAAAGUUGGCUUAAUAACUUGGAUGGAAUUCUGCAAAGCAAGACUCGUUUAUUUCCGGUCUAUGGGGGUAUGAAUGGGAUUCAAAACCCAAGGGUUCUAUCUUCCCUCUCUUCAAGAUGACUCC